UGCACUGUUUACAUUUUCACUUUUAGGUACUGACUCUUUCCAAGAAGUACGUCACAAUUUAGGUUACGUUCCCGAGUAUGUAACGGUACAAGUGUGGAACAAUGAUACCGACUGGUACGCAGAUGGAAUAGCAUCAGGAAUGACACCCAAUAAUCUCAAGAAAGAGACAUCCUGGGGUGGGGUUGUCUACGGGUUCAAUGACACAUACGUACGGAUAUGGGUACCUGGAUUCGACACAGGAAAAAUAUUUAGUGUGGCGGAUGGUUGGGGCAUAGGAUCACAAGAGACUUGGUCAGAGGGCUUGGUCAAGGUCAGAGUGUGGGGACAUAUGCCUGGAGAUUCUGUUUAUAAAUCUAACGCAACCAUUGGACAAAGUCCUGGAAUGCAUUCCUCUCAACUGGGGAGUGUUGGUGGGAGACUGAACAUAGAUACCGGACUGGUGUCUGUAAUGGUCAAAGCCCUGAGCGGCGACAACAAAGGAUUUUUCUUUCCUGCCCUGGGUGCCGUUCAGAACACAGAUCCUCAUGACAAGUUUGGAGGAGUGGUGUAUUCCUACUCAUCAAACGGAAUCCGGGUCUGGCAUCCCAUCAUUCCUGGCGGCGGAAAUACGUCAUUGUACAGUAAAGGGACACUUAUCUACGUAUCUCCAUAUUGGGGAGGUGGUGCUCACUCCCAAGACUCCAAGUUUGGAUUAAUUGAAGUUCAGUUUUGGAACUCCUACACUGGAAAAUGUCCCCCACCCACCACUCCAGCCAAGGCCAGCACAUCACCUUUUACCGGUACUAUAACUAAGAGUUCUGGCUCUCACACAUCAGGCCCGACAGGUGGUUCGACUACGUCAUCCCGACCAGUGACUUCGGUACCCUUGUUAACUUCUACUUCAUCAAUAUUGACAACAGUCACAGUGGCAUCAACAGGUGGUACCAGACAGGCAAGCACUGUAACGACCUUCGCCGGAGCUAGUACAGGUGGCCCUUCUGCCGGAAGUAAUGGAAAGACAACUAGAUCCACGGGAACAAGGACAACUUCUGGGAGUAGAGUAACAGGUCGAACCGGAGGUCCGGCUUCAGCAACUACAAAAAAUUCUCUGACAGCUGGCAACCAGGAGGAACAGGGCGACGAAGGCCUGUCACCAGUAGCUACUGGAUUGGUUGCCACUGCCAGUAUCCUAUCCGCAGCCGGCUGUCUAGGUGGAUUGAUAUUUGGCUUACUAAAGAAGAAGGCGAAAAAGAAGCGAAAGGUAGACCCAGAGCUAGAGGAAAACGAUGCAUUUGGAAGUCAAAAAGUCGUAGACGACAACGGAAAACCUCCAUCAAAUGACGGAACUCCUCCAAACAACGACGGACAUCAUCAACCAGAUGAGGUAUCUCCUCCAAUAGAAAACGAAACUUCUCCAAUAGAUAACGGAAGUCCUCCAAUAGAUAACGGAAGUCCUCCAAUAGAUAACGGAAGUCCUCCAAUAGAUAACGGAAGUCCUCCAAUAGAUAACGGAAGUCCUCCAAUAGAUAACGGAAGUCCUCCAAUAGAUAACGGAAGUCCUCCUGCAGAUAACGGAACUCCACCAGCAGCAACAGAUCGGCCACAGACUGCGCGUCCGGAAUAGACAUUUAGUGGGAACAAUGGUCAGUUUUUAUAGAACUACAACACUCCCGAUUAGAGUAUGUUAGGACAAUCAAACCUUUAAUUGUUCAAAUGAACAGACCUGAUAAAUCAUUGUAAUAGGCACUAAUAACUACGUUAAUUUACAAUUACAGUUAGUGCCGCAGAUUCUUCAAAGUGACAGAUCAUCUAGUUCAUGUUGAUGAUAUGGGCACCUGGAUCGCGGUGUAUAUAUCUUGGAAUGUGAAUCCGAGUGUGUGUAUGUGAUCAGCUAUAGAAAUCAUAAAAUAAAAACGACAAAGCAAGACAACUUUACUCGCGCCCUGUCGAGAUAUCGAACUGAAUGUUGAUGGUGUCUAUGGCGUCCACCUGAUACGCGGUCACCUAGACAUUAUAUAUUGAACACCUACGAAUGUUAUCUCACAGAAUUUGAAAUUGGUAAUCACGUAAUCAGUCUAUAUACCAGAUUAUUGUGUGCAACUGUAAAUACUGUCGCUUGAAUCAAUUAUGCAUGAACUAAUUAAUUCACAGUUUCCGAAUGGACUACUAUUCAGUAUCAAAUGCUUUGUCUUUUCCAUAUAAUGAGGCCAAAAACAAAUCUUGCAUUGUACAAGUCAGUAACGAUGCAUUCUAUCUAUUCUACAACCAUUAAUGUAUGUUACUGGAAUAAAAACGGGACAAAAUCA